CCUGUGAGAGGGUUUCUAAGAGACGCGUUUUAUCUAACAAUCUACAGGAAAAAGGACAUCAUUAUUUUUAUUCAUCGGGACCGACAAAAUGCCAAGCGACCACAUUAAACACACAGGAAUACUGUUUUAACCACGGAACUAUUGUUCUGGGGAACAAAUUUCGACCGACUGAGUCUAGAAUGAAGGACACUGUGCCUUGACGGACAUGUUUACCUGGGAGCCCAAAGCUUCCCAUGUGAAUGAAAUCAUGGCUGGUGGGGUAACGUGGUCCAAGCUGGAAAGCUGUUUAAAGCUUUUAAAUACAAACACUGCUCACCCGGAACAGUUUUUAAGCUUGCAGGAUGGCCUGGCAUCAGACUUCACAUCGCUCACAAAGACGCUCUAUGAUUUGCACAAAGCAGAAGAGCCUGCUGGCGCAGUGGGCAGCCCCUUAAAAGAACUGGUAAUAGGACAUUUUGAUGAGGAACAGAUCUGGCAAGAGCUGGAACUGCAGAAUGAUUCGGUUCUGAGCCAUUUUCAAAAGGCAGUGAUGAGAGCGGCUAAAGCUGACGAUAUUGGCCUCCUUCCAGAAGAAGAAUCAGAGGAGGAAGAAGAUGCUACAGGGUCGGUGGAGGAUUCUGGGAGUGAGGAGGACUUGGACCAAGAGGAUUUAGGCGAGGAUAAGGAUGGAGAUUUGGAAAACCACGAAAGUGAAGAUAGAGACAGCGAGCUGGAGGAGGAGAGUGAAAAAGCAAACAGGAAAUCCACAGCUAAAAACACAGCGUUUGAAAAGUUUAGUGAUGAAGAUUCAGAUGUCGACUUUGACGUGGAUGCACUCGAAAAACAGACACAACAGAGACAGAAAAAGACUGAGAGGCAGGGGGGCGGAUCCAUUGUGGAUGAUCGGUUUUUCAGGCUGGCAGAGAUGGAGGCUUUUCUGGAAGAUGUUGAAAAGAAAGAGGAGAAGGGUGAGGGAGGAGACAGUGAUAUCGAUUACUUUGAGGACAUGCUGUCAGAGGAUGAAGAGAUGGAGGAUGAUGACAUAGUUUCAACAAAUAAAAAAAAGCAGCAGAAGAGCUCAAGAGACCUGAAGUACAAGGACUUUUUUGACCCAGAGGGCGGCCCUGCUAAGCCAGUUUCUGUCAAGGAAGAUGAAGAUGAAGAUUUGGGCAAUGAUGGAGAGGAAUACGGGCAGGAAGAUGAGGAGAUGGAAGAAGAAAUGGAAGAUGAUGAAGAGGAUGAGAUGGAGGAGAAUGUGGAAAGCAGGCAAGCCAAGGAGGCAUUGAAGAAAGUGACCUUUGACUUGUCAGAAGACAGUGAAGGUGAAGAUGUGUCGGAUAUCCUUGGUGGGAAGAGGAAGGAGCCGGAAAAGCCAGGACCCAAGUCCUCAUUUGAAAAACGUCAGGAAAAGAUGGCAGAGAAGAUUGAGGAGCUUGAAAAAGCAGCCUUGGAGAAUAAGCCAUGGCAACUAAUAGGAGAGGUGUCGGGACAGAAACGCCCAGAUAACAGUUUGCUUGAGGAGAAUCUUGUGUUUGACCAAGCUGCUAGAAUGGCCCCUGUGAUCACAGAAGAGACCACACUUUAUUUAGAUGAUAUCAUCAAACAGAGGAUCAAGGACCAGGCUUGGGAUGAUGUGGUCCGCAAAGAAAAGCCCAAAGAGGAUGCCUUUGAGUACAAGAAGAGACUGACUCUGGCCCACGAGAAGAGCAAGCUCAGCCUUGCAGAGGUGUAUGAGCAGGAGUACCUGAAGCAGACUCAGCAAAAGGCAGAGGAAGAAGAGAAUCCAGCGCAUUUGGAAAUUCAGAAAAUGAUGGACUCCCUUUUCCUGAAGCUGGAUGCUCUGUCUAACUUCCAAUUCGUACCAAAACCUCCUGCACCAGAAGUGAAGAUCGUGUCGAACAUGCCAUCAAUCACUAUGGAGGAGGUGGCGCCAGUGAGUGUCAGCAAUGCUGCAUUGCUUGCACCAGAAGAAAUCAAAGUAAAGAACAAGGCUGGGGACAUUAAAGGAGAUGCAGAGAAAACAGCAACAGACAAGAAACGGGAGAGAAGAAAGAAGAAAAUACUCAAGCGGCUCAAACAGAGAGAGAGAGAAAAACGGCAGAAACUGCGGGAGAAGAUGAACGAAGGGAAGAACCUGAAAUACACGAAGAAAGAGGCUGCUGAGAAUCUGAAGAAACUCGCUAAAGACGGCAAAACUACUUUACUUAAGGAUGAGGGGAAGGACAAAGCGCUGCGGUCCUCUCAGGCCUUCUUCUCUGAGCUGCAGGAUCAGGUGAAGAGGCAGCUCAAGGGAGCCAAGAACGAUGCAGCCAAGAAAAAAAAACACAAGGAAGUUUCUGCCAUUAAACUGAAACUGUAACUGUAGUGGUUCAGAUAUCUUUUUGUACAGACUUCCUGUUUAGAUUGUUUUUAUAUUAAUUGCCUGUGUACACCAUGAGACUUCACUUUAAAUAAACAAUUUAUGAAUGUU